UCGUGCGGCCGCCUCCAAUACUGUGUGUGAGAGAAACCGGCUGUUGUAAAGCUCUUGGCUGCGGACUGUGCGGCUCUAUCCCGCCUGCUGCACCCUCUCCCGGGCCGUACAUGCCCUGCAGCCAGCAUACACGGCGUUGAACAUGGACUAUGACUUCAAGGUGAAGCUGACAGGGGAGAGGGAGCGGGUGGAAGACCUGUUUGAAUACGAGGGCUGCAAAGUUGGAAGAGGCACUUACGGUCAUGUCUACAAAGCCAAGAGGAAAGAUGGGAAAGAUGAUAGAGACUAUGCUUUAAAACAGAUAGAAGGAACUGGGAUUUCUAUGUCUGCGUGCCGAGAAAUAGCCCUUCUUCGUGAGUUAAAACAUCCAAAUGUCAUUUCCCUGCAGAAGGUGUUUCUCUCUCAUGCAGACAGGAAAGUGUGGCUUCUCUUCGAUUUUGCAGAGCAUGACCUGUGGCACAUAAUCAAAUUUCACAGAGCCUCUAAAGCAAACAAGAAACCCGUGCAGUUACCUCGGGGGAUGGUGAAGUCGCUGCUGUAUCAGAUUCUAGAUGGCAUCCACUAUCUGCACGCUAACUGGGUAUUACAUAGAGAUUUGAAACCUGCUAACAUUUUAGUCAUGGGUGAAGGUCCAGAACGUGGAAGAGUAAAAAUAGCGGACAUGGGAUUUGCCAGAUUAUUUAAUUCACCUUUAAAGCCUUUAGCAGAUUUAGAUCCUGUAGUUGUUACAUUCUGGUAUCGAGCUCCGGAAUUACUACUAGGAGCAAGGCAUUAUACCAAAGCUAUUGAUAUUUGGGCUAUAGGAUGUAUAUUUGCAGAGCUGUUAACUUCAGAGCCAAUUUUUCACUGUCGACAAGAAGACAUCAAGACUAGCAACCCUUAUCACCACGACCAGCUGGAUAGAAUAUUUAAUGUCAUGGGAUUUCCUGCAGACAAAGAUUGGGAAGACAUUAAGAAGAUGCCCGAGCACUCAACCCUAAUGAAAGAUUUCCGCAGGAAUACAUACACCAACUGCAGCCUUAUCAAGUAUAUGGAAAAACACAAAGUUAAACCCGACAGCAAAACAUUCCAUUUGCUUCAAAAAUUGCUUACCAUGGACCCAAUAAAGAGAAUUUCCUCAGAGCAAGCUAUGCAGGAUCCGUACUUUCUGGAAGACCCACUUCCCACUUCAGAUGUUUUUGCGGGCUGCCAGAUUCCAUACCCUAAGCGAGAGUUCCUGACAGAAGAGGAACCUGAUGAUAAAGGAGACAAAAAAAACCAACAGCAGCAGCAGGGCAACAACCAUACCAAUGGAGCCGGCCAUCCCGGAAAUCAAGAUAACAGCCAUGCACAAGGACCACCGCUGAAGAAAGUGAGAGUUGUUCCCCCUACCACUACCUCAGGUGGACUUAUAAUGACCUCAGACUAUCAGCGUUCCAAUCCUCAUGCUGCCUAUCCAAACCCCGGACCAAGCACAUCGCAACCUCAGAGCAGCAUGGGAUAUUCCACUACCUCCCAGCAGCCUCCACAGUACUCCCAUCAGGCCCACCGGUACUAAGAUGUACCCGCAAAAUGUCGAUGCACUGUCGCUUAGGCUGCAGGAGCGAGCAUGGCGCUGUCUGCCUGGAGCCGGGCUUUGGAAUGUACUGUACAAUCCCACCUUCAAAAUGUCCAGCAGCCAAGUUACACAACAUUUCACAGAAUGUAGAUCCCACGUGGAGGUUCCGCUCAGAGCGCUAGCACAGUCGCUGUUGUGUAUUUGCUACUUCCAUAGUUUACUUGAAAUGGUUCGAGCUGACCAAUGCAUUUCUUUCAGUGAUGGUAGCAGUUGAAGCUGUGAAGUAUGAUAGGAGCAAAUAUAUAAAUAUAUAUAUUUUUUGUGUGUGGUGACUUUUAAAGUAACGGUGUCAUCGAACCGGUAAAAACCCUUCUCACUGGUGUAUUUACACCGUCGCACAAAGCAAGCUAAUUGUCAUUCUAUUCAACUUAUUUUGGUACUGGUUUCAUUAGUUUUGGAAUGUUGGGUGAUAAUGUAUUAUCACUUUAAAUCAGUGUUUUAUAACCGGCAAAAUUGCUACGAAACAUUUUUUCCA